AUCGACGUGGAUGCUUUCCCGGAGUUUAAAAAGAAUUAGAAUUACUGUUUAAACUAGAGCAAAACUUCAGGUCCGUCUUAUUAUUUUUUUGCGAACCACAGUAGGUCACGUUUCUCCUGAAAUUUUGCUUGAAACAGCAGGCGGAGUCAGCGAGACUGUGCCGUGGAUUACUUUAACAGUCAAAGCGUGCUGGGAGGAGCUAAACCACACAGCGGAGUCACACGAAACUUCAGAGCUACAGUUUGCUUACUUGACAAUAUCUCAGUAUUUACAUCUGCUAUUCUAUCUAGAGACAAAGUUCCAUUGCGCUCCGCGUUUGAUGGCUUUUCGGCUUUUCAGUGGCCUUACAGUAUAUUUUCUACUCGCAUACAAGGACACAUGCGCCUCUGAAUGAAUGAAAGGCACAUGGUAUUUUUUAGUUCAGUAAUCUCCGAAACAAAGGCAGUUCUGUGGAUAAAUUGGAUUUGUUUUCUGCUGCAUCCCAAGAAUACUUGGAAAAAAGAAUGUCUGAAACGGACUAAGAACUGAAACCCUGGUUGAUAUUUAUCAUUAACACAUGGUUUGGAUGGAACUCUUGCAUUCUCUAAUCCUUUUGGAUUAAUUAAAUAAGAAUCAUGGAUAAUUUCUUCACUGAGGGGGACCGUGUUUGGUUGCGGGAGAAUGACCAGUAUCUCCCCAGCACCGUGUCUUCCUGCUCCGGGGGUGUGGUUGUCUUCACUACGGACUAUGGUCAGGUGUACACCUACAAGCAGAGCACCCUGACCAGACAGAAGGUGCAGGCCAUGCACCCCAGCAGCAGCCAGGGGGUGGAGGACAUGGCCACGCUGGGAGACCUUCACGACGGAGCCAUCAUGCACAACCUGUUCCUCCGCUACCAGCAGAAGAACAUCUACACAUAUAUUGGCUCCAUCCUAGCGGCGGUGAACCCUUACCAGCCCAUCCCCCACCUGUACGACCGAUCCAGCGUGGAGCUCUACAGCAGGCACCACCUGGGUGAAAUCCCCCCGCACAUCUUCGCUGUGGCUAAUGAGUGCUACCGCUCGCUGUGGAAGAGGACGGACAACCAGUGCGUGCUGAUCAGUGGAGAGAGCGGGGCAGGAAAGACCGAGAGCACCAAGCUGAUCCUCAGGUUCCUGUCUGCCAUGAGCCAGCACUCCCUGGAGGCCAUGUCCAAAGAGGGCACGUCGCACGUGGAGCAGGCCCUGCUGGAGAGCAGCCCAAUCAUGGAGGCCUUCGGAAAUGCCAAAACCGUCUACAACAACAACUCCAGCCGCUUCGGGAAGUUUGUGCAGCUCAACUUCUGCCAAAAGGGGAACAUCCAAGGGGGCAAAAUUGUUGACUACUUACUAGAGAAGAACCGGGUCGUGAGGCAGAACCCUGGAGAGAGAAACUAUCACAUAUUCUACGCUCUGCUGGCCGGCAGCGACCCAGAACAGCGGGAGGUCUUCAGUUUAUCUUCGCCAGACAGCUACUAUUAUCUGAAGCAGUCGGGAUGUGUGGCAGACAAGACAAUCAAUGACAAGGACACUUUCCAGGAAGUGCUGAGCGCCAUGCGGAUCAUGCAGUUCACCGAGGAGAACAUCCGGGAGAUUCUGCGGCUCCUGGCCGGGGUCCUGCACACCGGAAACAUCCAGUUUAUGACCGCCGGCGGGGCGCAGGUCUCCUCCAAAUCAGCACUGGGCAGGGUCUCGGAGCUCCUGGGGCUGGACCCAGGGCAGCUGGCCGAGGUGCUGACCCACAAGUCCAUGAUUCUCAGGGGGGAGGAGAUCAGCACGCCACUCACUGUUGAGCAGGCUGUGGAUUCCAGGGACUCGAUGGCCAUGGCUCUGUACUCUCAGUGCUUCACCUGGAUCAUCCGCAAGCUCAACAGCAGGAUACGAGGGAAGGAGGACUUCAAGUCCAUCGGCAUCUUGGACAUAUUCGGCUUCGAGAACUUCGAGGUCAACCGCUUCGAGCAGUUCAACAUCAACUAUGCAAACGAGAAACUGCAAGAGUACUUCAACAAGCACAUCUUCUCACUGGAGCAGCUGGAAUAUAACAAGGAAGGACUAGUUUGGGAGGACAUUAAUUGGAUGGACAAUGGAGAAUGUCUGGAUCUGAUCGAGAAGAAACUGGGGCUCCUCGCACUAAUCAACGAGGAAAGCCACUUCCCCAAAGCCACUGACAGCACUUUGCUGGAGAAGCUACACAGCCAGCACUCGAAAAACCCCUUCUAUGUGAAACCACGUGUCGCUGUCCACUUUUUUGGGGUGAAGCACUACGCCGGAGAGGUUGUCUAUGACGUGAGAGGUAUCUUGGAGAAGAACCGCGACACUUUCCGAGAAGAUGUCUUAAACUUACUGCGUGAGAGCAGGCUGGACUUUGUCUAUGACCUGUUUGAGCAUGUCUCCAGCUGCAACAACCAGGAUACCCUUAAGUGCGGCUCUAAGCACAGAAAGCCAACUGUCAGCUCCCAGUUUAAGAAUUCGUUGCACUCUUUGAUGGCCACCCUCAGCACAGCAAAUCCGUUCUUUGUGCGGUGCAUCAAGCCAAACACACACAAGAUGCCUGAUCAGUUUGACCAGACGGUGGUCCUGAACCAGCUCAGGUAUUCUGGGAUGCUGGAGACUGUCCGAAUUCGUCGAGCUGGCUUCCCUGUGAGGAGACCCUUCCAGGACUUCUGCGCCAGAUACAAAGUUCUAAUGAGGGACCUUUCCCUGUCAGACGACCCAAAGGGGAGGUGCACUGAACUGCUCAGCCUCUACGACAGCAGCAGUGCAGAGUGGCAGCUGGGGAAGAGCAAGGUGUUCUUGAGGGAGUCUCUGGAGCACAAGCUGGAGAAGCAGAGGGAGGUGGAGGUGUACCGUGCUGCCAUGGUCAUCCAGGCGCACAUCAUGGGCUAUGUGGCUCGGAAACAGUACAGGAAGUUGCUGCAGUGCAUUGUGGUCAUCCAGAAGAAUUUCCGCGCUUUGUACUGGAGGCGGAGGUUCCUGCAGUUGCGCUGGGCUACGCUCACCUUCCAGAAGCGCACACGGGGCCGCCUGGCCCGUCGGCUCUACCGCCAGCUCCUGGAGGAGAGGAGGAGGAGGGAGGAGGAAGAGCGGCGAAUGAGGGCAGAGCAGGAGGAGAGGGAGCGGCAGAAGAUGGAGGCGGAACGACUCGCUCGGGAGGCGGAAGAGGCACGGAUGGCGGAGGAGCUGGCAUCCCGGGCCUUGGAGAUGGAGGUGGAAGUGACGGAGGAGGUGGAGGAGGAGGAAGAGGUCCAGCUCCCGGAGCUGGAGGUCCGCCCGCAGGACGCCACGCAGGUGGAGGAGAUCCUGCGGCUGGAGCGGGAGAUCGAGGAGCUGCAGCGGCAGAAGGAGCGGCAGGAGCUGUCGCUGACGGAGGCCUCCCUGCAGCGGCUGCAGCGGCUGCGCGACGAGGAGCUGCGGCGGCUGGAGGACGAGGCGUGCCGCGCCGCCCAGGAGUUCCUGCAGUCGCUCAACUUCGACGAGAUCGACGAGUGCGUCCGCCACAUCGAGAGCUCGCUGGGCACGGCCGGCGCGGGCGGGGACAAGGCCGGCCUCCACCCGCGCCGCCCCGGGCAGGGCGAGGAAGAGGAGGAGGAGGAGGAGGAGGAGGAGGAGGUGGACGAGGGCUUCGGCGCCGACGACGAGGCCUUCAAGGACUCGCCCAACCCCAGCGAGCACGGCCACUCGGACGGACAGCGCACCAGCGGCAUCCGCACCAGCGACGACUCCUCCGAGGAGGACCCCUACGUCAACGACAGGGUGGCCCCCCCGGCCCCGGCCCCGCCCCUCUCCAUCCCCCAGGCCUGCCGCAGCGCCUCCUCCAGCGCAGACUCCGCCUUCUGCCGGCUGCAGGGCCCGGAGGCCCCGGACGAGAGCGCCGUGGACCUGAUCCCGCCUGACGAGGACUCGGACUACGACCAGGACGACUACGACGAGGGGGCCAUCGUGUCCGCCGGCAGCCUGGCCCUCUCCAAUCCCCGCAGUGGCCAGUGGUCCCCGGACUACCGCUGCUCAGUGGGGACCUACAACAGCUCUGGGGCCUACCGCUUCAGCUCAGAGGGAGCCCAGUCCUCAUUCGAGGACAGCGAGGACGACUUUGACAGGUUCGACACUGACGAUGAACUAUCUUACCGGCGAGACUCGGUCUACAGCUGCGUCACGCUCCCCUACUUCCACAGUUUCCUGCACAUCAAAGGGGGGCUGAUAACGGCCUGGAAGAGGCGCUGGUGCGUGCUGAAGGACGAGACCUUCCUGUGGUUCCGAGCCAAGCAGGAGGCCCUGAAGCAGGGCUGGCUGCACAAGAAGGGCGGCGGCUCGUCCACGCUCUCCCGCCGCAACUGGAAGCGCCGCUGGUUCGUGCUGCGGCAGAGCAAGCUCAUGUACUUCGAGAACGACGGCGAGGAGAAGCUCAAGGGCACGCUGGACAUGCACACCGCCAAAGAGAUCAUAGACAACACGGGGAAGGAGAACGGGAUCGACAUUGUGAUGCCAGAGCGCACCUAUCACCUGAUCGCAGAGUCUGCCGAAGACGCCAGCCAGUGGUUCAGUGUGUUGAGCCAGGUCCACAGCUCCACAGAGCAGGAGAUCCGGGAGAUGCACGACGAGCAGGCCAACCCCCUUAAUGCUGUGGGGACCCUUGACGUCGGGAUGAUCGAUUCAGUGUGCGCCUCCGACAACCCAGAGAGGCCAAACUCGUUUGUAAUCAUCACGGCGAACCGCGUGCUGCACUGCAAUGCGGACACGCCCGAGGAGAUGCACCACUGGAUCACCCUGCUGCAGCGGUCCAAGGGCGACAUGCGCGUGGAGGGCCAGGAGUUCGUAGUCAGAGGAUGGCUCCACAAGGAGAUGAAGAACAGCUCCCGGGCCUCCUUGAAGCUGAAGAAACGGUGGUUCCUCCUCACCCACAAUUCCUUGGACUACUAUAAAAGCUCUGAGAAGAACGCCUUGAAGCUGGGCACUCUCGUCCUCAACAGCCUCUGUUCCGUCAUGCCUCCGGAUGAGAAGGUCUUCAAGGAAACAGGCUACUGGAAUGUGACAGUAUAUGGGCGGAAGCACUGCUAUCGCCUCUACACCAAGCUCUUGAACGAGGCCACACGCUGGUCCAGCGCCAUCCAGAACAUCAUCGAUACCAAGGCCCCUAUUGACACUCCUACCCAGCAGCUCAUCCAGGACAUCAAGGAGAACUGCCUGAACAGUGAGGUGGUGGAGCAGAUCUACAAGAGGAACCCCAUCCUACGUUACAGCCACCACCCCCUGCAUUCACCCCUGCUCCCUCUGCCCUAUGGGGACAUCCACCUCAGCUUGCUGAAGGACAAGGGCUACACCACGCUCCAGGACGAGUCCCUUAAGGUGUUCAAUUCUCUGCAGCACUUGGAGGGAGUGAGUGACCCAGUGCCCAUCAUCCAGGGCAUCCUCCAGACGGGGCAGGACCUGCGCCCUCUGCGCGAUGAGCUCUACUGCCAGCUGAUCAAGCAGACCACCCGGGCACCGCAGCCGGGCACUGCGGGCAACCUGCGCACCUGGCAGAUCUUGGCCUGCAUGAGCUGUACCUUUACCCCAUCCCGGAGCAUCCUCAAGUACCUGAAGUUCCACCUUAAGAGGACACGCGAUCUCUUCCCCGGCACGGAGAUGGAGAGGUACGCUGCCUUCGCCAACGAGUCCCUGAAGAAGACGAGGGCCCGGGAGUUCGUCCCGUCUCAGGAGGAGAUACGCGCCAUCGUCGGGAGACAGGAGAUGACCACCACGGUGCACUGCCACGGCGGAGGGUCCUGCAAGAUCACCAUCAACUCGCACACCACGGCGGGGGAGGUGGUGGAGAAACUGAUCCGGGGGCUAGCCAUGGAGGACAGCCGCAACAUGUUCGCCUUGUUUGAGCACAACGACACCACUGACAAGGCCAUCGAGAGCCGGACUGUGGUGGCAGACAUCCUUGCCAAGUUUGAGAAGCUUUCAGCAAGCCAGGAAGAGCAUAACACAGGAUGGAAAUUCUAUUUCAAACUCUACUGCUUCCUGGACACUGAUAAUGUUCCGAAGGACAGUGUGGAGUUUGCGUUCAUGUUUGAGCAGGCUCACGAGGCAGUCAUCCGGGGCCAGUACCCGGCCCCCGAGGAGACCCUCCAGUUUCUGGGCGCCCUGCGCCUCCAGUACUUGCUGGGGGACUUCAGCGCCCAGGCGAGCGUGCCGGAGAUGGGCCAGCUGUACCCCAUGGGCCGGCUCCGGGCCCGCAUCAGCCAGUCCACCAGGACCUUCUCCCCGGCGGGGCCGGAGCGGGGGGAGCGGAAGCGCUCCAGCUUCCUGGAGGGCACGCUGCGGCGCAGUUUCCGCAGCGGCUCGCUCAGCCGCCAGCGCCUGGAGGAGGAGAACAUGCUGGAGGCCUGGGUACGGGAGGAGAUCGCCUCCGCCCGCGCCAGCCUGCUGGACAAGUGGAAGAAGCUGCAGUCCAUGACCCAGGAGCAGGCCAUGGUCAAGUACAUGUCGCUGGUUAAGGAGUGGCCCGGGUAUGGCUCCACCCUCUUCAGCGUAGAGUCUAAGGAUGAGACCUUCCCCCAGGAGCUCUGGUUAGGGGUCAGCGCUGAGGCUGUGUCCCUAUACAAACGUGGAGAGCCCCGCCCCUUGGAGGUCUUCCCAUAUGAACAGAUCCUGUCGUUCGGGGCACCACUGCCCAAUGCCUACAAGAUUGCCGUGGAGGGCCGAGAGCUGCUCUUCGAGACCAGCUUGGUGGUGGACAUCGCCAAGCUGAUGAAGGCCUACAUCAGCAUGAUCGUCAAGAAGCGCUACAGCGCCUCCCAAUCGCUCAGCAGCCAUGGCAGCCAGUGCAGCAGUCGCUGAAGCGCAAACUUAGCCUCUGUCCUCACGACGCCUGUGGAGCGGCGCACUCCCGGCCUCGUCUAAAGGCUUCCUCUGUGCUCUAGCCUGCCUCAGGUCAGCUUUGGACUUCCUGCUUCCUGUCGCAGGCUUUGUACGUCAACUGAUGCCCAACCUGCAAAAAAACAUAGCCACCUCUCUGCCUUUCAAAUGGUGACACUGAAAGCUCUGUGUUGGAAGCGAAGCAGGGGAAAUUUUGUAAGCCUUUAGUAUUUCUUCUCAUGCUGGAACAAGCAUAAUCAGGGCCCAGGAGAUGAAUUAUAGGCUACAUGUCAUUGUUGCUGUGAUCCACUUGCAUUUACUUUUGGGGAAGCUCUGUGCUUGAUGUGUUCCUUUAAUCGGUUCAGUUUCCUCAGCUGACAAAUGCUUAUGGGUGUCAAAGUUUGAAGAGCAGCAGUGUGUGCCUCUCUUUAGAAAAUGACCAAUCUGAUUUCAGGAUCUGUCCUUUAAAAACAAACAAUGCCAUAGGAAUUGGAAAAUGUCUGCAAUUCCCAGGAACUUGUGUGACAAAUACAGACAGUCUGCUGGUCACUAGUUUGUUACUGAAGUGCCUUAUUUUGAUAAAGCCCAACCCAAAUGCUGAUGACUCAGCAGUAUUACCUUUGACGCAAAAAAAAAAAAAUGAUGGUGAAAGAUUGUUAUCCAGCUCAUUCAUGAGAGUGAUCAAUGGUCCCCUCUCUCCAGCUAAGACGUAGCAUUCUCACGGUGCUGCAGUGAUUCAUAGCAGUGCAGUGUGCUAUUCGGGUCGCUUUGCCCAUUUCUCUGGAAUGCUGCAGGCAGCCUUCCACCCAAAGUCCUGGAGGUUGCCAGUAUUGUGCCUUUAUUGUUUGUAUAAUAUGUACACUUGUACUUGCUCAUACUUGUUUGUUUUCAAAUAUGAUAAUGUGCAAUGUUUUAUAUUUUCAAAUGGCUGUACAUUUUUUACACAGAAAUCUAGCCUUCUCUUUUACUGGACUGUACGGCGGCGUACUGUUUAUUCUCCCUUCGAUUACUUACAGAAGAACCAACAGCGACAGUAUAUUGUAAAUGAUCAUGAUGUUUCUUUUAUCAUUUUUAUUAGCAACAUUAUACAUUGAAACGUGUUCAUAAUAAGCCAUUAAAGACAUAUUUAUCUGAA